GGAGAGGUAGCACCCCAUUUUACAAGAUGUGGGGGGCAGCUACUUGUUUCUCCCUUGCUAUGUUAAGCUUCCUCCGUGUUUGUCGUCUUCUGCCACCUCGGAUUACCUGCUUGGUCUGGAUGGAUAAUUGAAGGGAUUUAGCCAUUGAUUUGGGUCCUCUGCUGUUUUGGUCCCAGUUCUGGAUCCUACAGAACAACACAUCACUAAAAGGACAUCAGGCAAGACUGGGGGUUACCAGCCCCAUCCAGCAAAGACCUGUUCCCCCUCUAGCUAACAUGGGAUGUAACAUGUGUGUGGUCCGUAAACCGGAGGAACAUUACAAGGUGAUGCUGCAGGUGAAUGGUAAGGAACUAUCGCGACUCUCUCAGGAGCAAACGUUUGAGACUUUGCGUGCAACUAAGGACCCGCUGUUGAUCCAGGUGCUGAGACGCAGCCCCCGUAUGAAGGGGUCGCUUGCCAUCUCCUCUCAUGACCUGCAAUACGUUGACAGUGGGACACAGACAGACAUCACCUUCGAGCACAUCAUGACGCUGGGGAAGGCAAGGCCUCCAAGUCCUGCCAUGGUGGUCCUGGAACCAUAUGUACUCUCAGAGCUCCCGCCUAUUGGGAAUGGAUUUUACGAGCAGACAGAGUACAUGGAAGGGGCACAACCUGAAGGGGAGCGGGCGGAUGAGCUGGAAUAUGAAGAGGUGGAGCUGUGUAAGUCCAGUCACCAGGACAAACUUGGGCUUACCGUCUGUUACCGCACUGACGAUGAAGAGGACCUGGGGAUAUACGUAGGAGAGGUGAACCCAAACAGUAUUGCAGCCAGAGAUGGGCGGCUAAGGGAAGGAGACCGUAUCCUGCAGAUUAAUGGGGUGGAUGUACAAAACCGAGAGGAAGCGGUCGCUAUCCUGACCCAGGAGGAGAGCACAAAUAUUUCUCUGCUGGUGGCGCGUCCUGAGACAGAGAUGGGCAGAAGGUGGAAGGACAGUGACAGAGAGGACUUCCUUGAUGACCUAGUGUCUGAAAAUGAGGAGGAGCUGCAGACACAAAGGCUGACCUCCCCAACUCAACACCAGGCUGAAAAUGAGGAUGCCGAAGCCAGUCCAAAGUCUCCACUGACUUUCCCACACCCUGCAGGGCUGAGCCGAAGUCAGGAACUUGACAGUGGAGUAGGGAGGACAGAUGAGAGCACUCGUAAUGAGGAGAGCUCUGAGCAUGACCUACUGGGAGACGACCAGACCAGUAGUGCCAACACUCCCGGUAGCCAACGGCGCCUGCGUUUCCUACGUGGGGAUACUCAGCAUCCUCUACAAUGCAGGGAAUUUCACCACAGUCUUGACUCCUUGCUGGCAGCAGAUGGUUCUGCCCCUUACAAUGAGAUUCUACCACCAGCUGCAGGGCUGACAGAUGAGGAGUAUGAAAGAUACAGAGAACUGCUGGAGAUCACAUGCCAUCUAGAGAAUGGCAAUGGACCUGCCUUUCUUUAUGCAUCUCGGCAGGGUGGGCUUGAUGUAAACCGAAAUGAGAGUGUCAUGAGGGAAAUGGCAGUGUUAGAGGAAGAAUUACGACACUUGGAGUUUAAGUUCCGCAAUGUUCUUAGGGCACAAAAAAUGCAACAGUUGAGGGAGCGUUGCAUGAAAGCCUGGCUUCUGGAGGAGGAGGACAGUCUAUAUGAAUUUGUGGGUGGAGGUACUGCAAACAUUGAGUGCUCUACCAAGCUUCCCGACAUCACAGAACUGCCAGAAAGAUCAGAUAAGGACAGCACUAGUGCCUAUAAUACUGGGGAGAGUUGCAGAAGCACCCCUCUUAUGAUGGAGCCACCAUUGCCUUUGGACAGUCCAUUGAGGCGACUAACUGAUGCCAGCCUGGCAUCAGGUACAUUCUGUCAGGUAGCAGAUGUGCACUCAACCAAUGCUAAUAUGAACAGAGGUCAUGGUAAAAAUGUACCUCAAUAUCCUGCCACUCCUGAACCAGUGCCAACUAAGUUCCGCUCUCUUUGUCGUGAAGGGAGGCACACCACAGAGGAAAGAUUAAGAAGAGGGACAAAACCCAAUGGUGAUUUGGACAGAGGAAGCCGUGAGAACAGCCCAUACCUAAGUAGGCGCCAGCGUUCUCAAGGAGGGGAACGUUACCGGAGUUGCCUGCAAUUGGCACAGCCACGAAGCCUGGAUGAGUUGGAUGUAGAUACCUCCUGUGGUAAAGGUAUGGGGGUAUCACAGAGCACUCAGCCCCAAGCUGAACCACGCAUGGAAUGGAAAGUGAAAGUAAGGAGUGAUGGUACACGUUAUGUGGCCAAGCGUCCAGUGAGAGAUCGCCUUCUGAAGGCAAGGGCGAUGAAGAUCAAAGAAGAGCGCAGUGGGAUGACCACUGACGAUGAUGCAGUCAGUGAGAUGAAAAUGGGUCGUUACUGGAGCAAAGAAGAUAGAAAGAGGCAUCUGAUGCGAGCCAGAGAGCAAAGAAAGAGAAGGGAAUUUAUGAUGCAGAGCAGGCUGGACUGCCUGAGAGAGCAGCAACAACAGCAACAAGGAGUAGAGGGGAAAGGAGAAAUGAGCAUCAUUGCCCUGAGCCACCGUAAAACCAUGAAAAAGCGCAACAAAAAGAUCCUGGAUAACUGGAUCACCAUCCAGGAAAUGCUAGCUCAUGGGACCCGGUCUGCUGAUGGCAAGAGAGUUUAUAAUCCCUUGCUCUCUGUCACCACAGUCUGAGAGCUGUCUGUACAGUUUAAUCUCUUUGCCAAAUCACAUUUCUUCUCUGUUUUAUGUAGGAUUAUUUGGUUUGUCCAAUCAUAAUCCCUUUUUUAUAGAUAUAAUGCCUCCUUGUUUUUAUUUAUAUUAUUUGAUUGUAAUCUAGCUCUAAUGUAUAUCUCUUUUUAACCUUGUCUUGUCUCAGUACAUUAUUUUGUCUUUUUUUCUCUCUCUUUCUUUCAUCUUUGAUGGGAGGAACCUCAGGAGAGGGAACUUUAACACAGGGUGAACUUUUUAAAACCAGCUAUCAGUGGCAGAAUCUUCCACAUGUACAUAUCUCGAACCCUCCCUGAUAUAGGGCAGCUACAUGUAGUGGAGAUGUUUAAGCGGAAAUCAAAAAGACAUCUCCUUGCAUAAGAGUUUGUUGAAAUGGAGCACAAAGGGUUUUAGACUCUAUGACUUCAAAAUACUGUGAAUGCCUUCAUGUUCCUGAUUGACCCUUUACCAGUAUUCCUGUUAUCUUGCUUCUUCAUGAGGGUUGGCUCGCUAUCACAGAAGUGUGUGGUUAUCAUUAGAAAUGUUGGAAACUACCACAAUGAAGUUCAAGACUCUAAACACUGCCACUUGUGGAUCCAGAGCACAUGGCCAUUGGUGGACUUUUGACUUUUUAAAGAUGGACGAUAGCACAAACAAGGGGGGGGGGGGGGUCAAUGAAGUAUGAACAGUAUUUCCACUUUUUGGAUAAUUCUGCACAUGAAGUUGCUAUCUAUGUGCAGGCUUGUGUCUUAGAAAACUCAACAUGUCUAUUGUUUCCAAUGUGAUUGUGACCUAUGUUUGACUUUUUUGCUUUUCCACUAUUUUUUUUUUCUGUCUUGGAACGUGUGCCAGCCUGAGAGGGUGAUGGAUGAGGGAUGUUAGGUACAAUAAAUGUUGAUGUUUUUUGCCACCAGAUGUUUGGAUAAGCGGAAGUAAACACAUGUCUCUUUGAAUUACUAAGAUGGUUAGAUAACUAUUGGAGUGUGAUAGACACAUCAGUUUUGCUCUAUGUGUUUCUAAUUUCAGCCUGUGUCCUCUACGUUGUCAGCUUAGAAGAGGACAUAAAGGCUCAAGGGAUCUGUCUCCUCCUGAGUAAAGAUUUUAUACAUAUAUUGAUUUAAGGUGAACCUGCUUCAUGGUGCACAGGAAACAUGUUAAAUCAAUUAUAUGGGUGUACAGCCUUUAUCUAAACUAAACAAAUUUACUUCUAAAAUUUAAACGGUGUUCAGAUUGUAGGUCAAAAGAUAUAUAAUGCUGUAUGGACCUGCACUUUCCUAUUGCAUAUUGAGCUGCAUAAUAGAUUGUAACUUUUAGCUAUCUUAAAUUUUAAAUGACUCAUAUUUCAAAAUGUAUAGUCAUUUAAAUGAACAUAGUUGGACACUAAGGUAUCAUAGCAAAUCAAUAGUCCAUUGCUAAAAUGUGUUCCUAAAUUAUAAGUCUCCAUUAAUGGAAAUAUGCAGGCUUAAGUAUACCAUGUCAUUUUGGGAAACAUUUUAGAACACACACAUAAAAUCAGCGUAGGCCUUUGAUUAAUCACCUAGAUAUCUUUGAUUCAGAGGCAUAACUAGAGGAGUAUCAGAUGUUUCAAUUGAGACCAAGAGGUAGAUUUAUUAAAUGUCGAGCGGACAUGUUUUGUUAUAGUGAAGCAAAAGUCUUAUGACCGCUGCUUUAUAAAUGGAGCCCGAAGCCUGCAGCUCUAGGAGGCCCAUCUGGCCCUGCAAUCAGUAGUGGUGUCAUUACAGGAGGGUCUGGUGGGUCCUGUGCUCUGCCUUCAUCAUCUCAGGCCCUUCAGCGUGCCCUCCCCUGCAAAGCAGGGAUUUGCCUUUAGAAUAUGGUGUCAGGGUUUCCAUGAUUUCCACCACAGAGUUGCUGUACAGAAAAGCUUGCCACUGCAUUUGUAAAGAAAGCUUCCCAAGUACAUCUCUUUUGGUGCAGACUAACCAAACAGCCAGAAAGGGGACAGUUUAAAUGGGGGACCCCACCUUAGUCGUUGCCCUGGUGAUCAGUAAGGUCUAGUUAUGCCCCUGCUUUGAUUGGUUAGAUGUGUGACACUGUGUUGCUCUACAGAAAAUAGAAAGCGAUCCCAGUGCAGAUAAAAAUACACACUUUAUUGAAUAAAAAACUUCAGUGUAGUGAAGAGACAAAACGGUCUUACGCGUUUCUGUUCAAAAACUAGAUUUACCAACCCAUAAUUUCUUAUACCUCAAGUUUAAUUUAGAACGGCCUUAAUCUACACACAUUACAAUCAGUGUUCUCUCUAAGUCCCUAUUUUGUGAGUGACCCAGCAGUAAAACAGUUAAUAAGGUAACUAUACCUUGCUGUCUGCAUUGUGUAGUGUUUGCUAACUGCAAGGUGUGGUUCCCUAAUUAACUCUUUCUCUGCUGAGCCGCUCACAAAACCUGUCCUUAGACUUACAAUCAACAUUUUGUCACCCACAUAAUCAUCAGCAAUCUUAUAGUAGCGUCACUCUAUAUUUUCCAUAAGCAUCUCCCCUUAUAGUCAUACCACCCUAUACUUCCCAUAAGCACCUUCCCCUUUUAGUGCCAUUAUCUUAUACGUCAUAUGAACAUGACCCCUUGUAGCCACACCAUCCUAUUCAUCAUGCUAUUGGUACUUACAGAAAGUGAACAGUUAUUUACUGGCCAACUUUAAAUCCCAGAUGUUGACAAAUGGUUUUCAUAACCUUCAAAAAUAUUCAGUUUAUUAUUGUUAGGUCUAUAGGGGCAUAGGAGAUGAAUAAGUGCCAUAACUUUUAUAAAGCUCUAGACAGCCUCCCCAUAGCCCUCUCAGGCUGAUGGAGCAGAUGGUGACUGAGAGACCUAUGUUUGAUUUUUACCUGUGGGUGUGUGUUUGCUUUUGUUUAAAUGCCCAUUGUUACUGUGUCAUCUUCUCUCUGCUACUGGGUCGAUAAUAUUAAUAAACUGAUCUCUUUCUCAUAAGAGGGGAAA